AUGUAUUUGGGAUAUUCAAACAAAACGUUAUUACCAAAUAAGUACAAGCGUAAACAUUAUUAUAGUGUUAUUCGCUGUGAAAAAGAAAAAAAAGAUAGGGGAUCAAAUGGCAAGGCAGAAGAGGAAGGAUUAAGUAUUAAUAAAUUUGAAAAGGAAGAUAUAAAAGUAAACAAAAACUUAAAUGUUAAUAUAUUUCGAAGUGAAAAUGAACAAGAGGAAUCUGCAUAUGAUAAGGGAUUAUGUAUAUAUAACAUCCUCAAAGAUAUAGAAAUUAAAGAUGUUAAAAAGGUCCCUAUAUUUAAUGAAAAUCUUACUAAUGUAAAAGUCGAGAAAAAGGAAGAUACCAUAAAUUUAAUACAAACAAAUCAUAAAGAUAAAUAUUUAAAAAACCAUUUAAUAUAUAAGGACACUAACUAUAAAUUGCCAUAUAUGCUGAACUAUUAUCCUGAUGAUAUGUUCAUAUUUAAUUUCGACGGAGUUAUAAACUUAAAUAAGCAAGAAAAGAUUAUUGUUUCUUUUUUUACAUUUUUAAAAAUCUUUAAUCAAUCCCUAACGUUUAAUGGUAAGAGGGUAAGUAACUUGGCUUUGUAUGAUUUCAUGGAGAAGAGAAAGUAUUUAUUCGAAAGUAUGGAGGGCAGCUCAAUGCAAAGGGAAGUUGUUCCAAACCACUUGGACAGUGCCCCUAACCAUUGCUGCGAUACCGUGAAGGGGGAAGAUCCGUUCAUUCUUCUGAAGCUUAUGCCCAAAUUUAUGUACACUAGAUUACUUUAUAUAUAUAAAUAUUUAAAAAGGAACGAAGAUAUAGUUAUAGCGAUAAAAUAUAUAUACGAAGAGAUCAACAACAUUUGCAUUAAGUAUAACUACGAUAUUAAUGAAAUUAUUCGAAUGUGUGAGGAAAAAAAUACCAUGGCCAUGAAAUUAAAUAGGCUUAGAGAUUUGGAGAAGACUAUGCAGAUACCCACAGAUUGUGGAGCAUCGGAUCAUACGGAUGUGGAUACAAAUGUGAAUACGAAUGUGGACGUGAACGUGUACGAAAUAACCAAGGAACUGACCGAGGGAACAUUCAACCCUAAUGUACUUUACAAAUAUAAGCACAUAGAAAAUUUGGCCAAUGUAUUUCCCAGUUUUCGCUUCGACUUUGAAGAUUUUUAUACGAGUAAUUUUUAUUUAAAAUUGUAUGAUAGGUACAAAGUAAAUGCGGAAGAUGUAUUAACCCAGUUUGAUAUUAUGCGUAGCUUGCUAAUGAAAAAGGAGAAAGAAGCUUAUACAAAUUUACUCAAGUAUAGAUAUGUAUGUAAUAAUUUAACAGAUGAAGAAAAAAAAAGACAUGAAACUUUUAACCUUUGUUGCAUUGAUAUAAUUAAUAAUAAUAUUAACGUUUAUAAAAAGCCGAUAUAUAUAAUUUCUUCUGUUGAGGACUCAAGCUUCAUUAGGUAUACACUGCAAUCGUUUGGAUUAAAUAUCGUAGAGCCAGAUGAUGAGCAUCUGCUUCGCAUUUUUGGAAAAGACUCCUUAAAUGUAAAUCAUGAGCAAGAACGAACUAAUACAGAAAAUUCCAUUCUUUCCAGUUUAAAGAAACUCGUCAAAUCGAAGUAUUUCUCCGGAGGGGGGAAGCAAAAAAAAAGGGGCAGAAAGAAUGAAGACAGGGUGGAAAAGGCAGAUGACGAAGCGGAAGACAAAGCGGAAGACGAAGCGGAAGACGAAGCAGAUGACAAAGCGGAAGACGAAGAUGUGGCCGUCUGUCAAUCCACAUCAGUGUUGUUACCUGAUGACAACUCAGAAAAUACGGACUACUUGUUCGAUCCGUACUGCCCAGACAUAGGUUAUUUAAAUCAUGUUAAGAAAACACAAAAAAGAGACUAUUUUUUUAGAAAAAAUCCACAUUAUAUGAACAUGUUAAGGCAAAAAUGUAACUUAGUAAACACAAUUAUAGAGAAAUAUCAUGACGAUAAUAUAAUACAUAUACUAGAUCACAAAUAUGAUGACUUAAAUGCGUUAAACAAUGACAAAAGAUUUAAUAAAAAGGUACGUUUAUACUUUUGUGAAUGGGGAUAUAAUACAUAUGAAGAAAAACUAAAAGCUAUAUAUAAUGAUAAGAUCAAAACCUUUUCCCAGUCUUUUAAACUUCUAUUUUUAUGCUGCACUUAUCAGAAUUCUUCCAGAAGAGAACACACUCAUGGAAAAGGUAUACCCAUGGAUUUUUAUGCGAAAUAUAUGCAUAAAUAUUUCUUGAAAAAUAAUUUAAUUACGUACACAGACAGAUAUGGUAAUCCGGUACAGCCUCCCUAG